AUGAUUCCACCGGACUUCAAUUUCGACAGUAUCAAGGAUGCCUUUGUGAUGAAGUUCCCUGAACUUGGAGGAACGGACAGGGUGCUCAUCCAGGUCCUUGAUGUAGAACUGGACGAGUACCUAGACUGGGAUAAUACCACAACCUUGGUCGCGGGCUCCAAGAUGAGAGCUACACGGCUGGCGCCCCAAGAGUUGACCCCACCUCCUGCUCCUGUAGCCGCUUCACCAGAAGUCCUGUCGCCGCCAAUGGAAGUGCCCAUGAUCCAGGAGGGUCCGAGCUCAACGUUGGACGCAAAGAAAUAUGUGUUUCCGCCGACGCCAAAGGACAUUUUACGCAACCUUUCACAGGUCGCACAGAAGGCCAAAGUUCCAGUACAGCUCCGCCGCCGCAUCGUCGAGUGGAUAUGUUUCGAUCUUUUCAGGUACACACUGUAUCCUGACAAGCUCUAUGAGCUGGCAGCCCGACAGCUCGUGGCACGCCACCGCAUCCUGGAAGAUGCAAUCGGAACGGGACAUAGCUCCUGGCGCAAUGCACUAAAAUUCAAGUGCAAGUAUGAACGCACAAAGUUUGCGGAUGACGGAGAGGUUGCUCUCAAAAAGCAGAAGUUUGGCAAGCAGCCAAGAAACCAAGAGGCUGCAGACGGCAAUGAAUGUGCCAAGCGAGUCUGCCGCCGGCCUGACAAGCUGCUGCUUGGUGCUGGAGAGGACGAUUUCAGCAUUGAGGGACAUAUAAAGUCGAUGAAAAGGGAGCUGCAAAAAGACAUCCCCGAUAUGGAAAGGAUUGAAGACAGUAUGUCUCGCACAUUUGCUUCACGGCGGCAGUGGGUUGCGGCAGAGCACCCGUCUGUUCAGGACAUUCUUCGCCGCUACCCAGCCCUGGAGAGAACAGAAGAAAUCUUUCGGGAAUUCGAAAGGUUUGGAGGUGACGCGCCAAUUCAGACUGUGACUGCGGUGGCGCAGCUACAGAUGGCCACUGUGUUAGACGUGGCUGCCAAGAGGGUGGAGAAGGCCACCUGGGACAUUCUGGAAAGGGUGGAUACCUGCAGCACGGAGGAUCAACAUUUGAUGACCACCCUGGCCUUUUUGGUGACUUUGCCAAGGACUGUAAGGGAGCAGACGUCCUCAUUUAUCAAGGACGUGGCACCAUGGUUCUCCAAACACCCCUCCGUGAUCUGGAGUGGAGGGCUAGAUGAUGUCGGCCUCUGUAUGGUGCAAGUGGAGGACCAACUCAUCAAGGCUGACCACCCAGUGCAUGCGAUCCUGGUCGCAUUCUGCCUGCACUGGGUGGCCGACAUUUGCUACCAACCGGGAGCGAGAGGAUUUUAUGCUCUACUAGAGCACCUGCUGGGGCUGCAGGUCACUAAACCAACCACAAUGGUCGUAACGCCACUGUCGGCAAUGAAGGAAACCUUGAGAAAAAAAAUAAAAUCUCUUCGCCCGAGGGACAGUGCACACUUGAACUAA